AGACCCACGCGAAAGAGGAAGCGAGCAGCGAGGAGGCGGGAGCGGAGGCCGGGCAGCGGCUGGGGAGAGGGGGCGAGCGAGCCCAGAGGCGGAACUGCCGAGCCAGCCGCCGCCGCCGCCGCACGCUGCCCGUGUGGCUCCGGCACAGAGACCCGGCAUCAGCCCGGCUGCCCCGGCGUCCCGAGCGGAGCCUCCCCGAUCGCGCUCCGCCUCCCUUCCCGGCUCCAGCCCCGCAGCCGAGCAGCGAUGCAGGCGCUGGCCCUGGCGCUCUGUGCCCUGCAGCUGUGCCCAGCUGUGCUGGGCGGCCGCUGGGGGCAGCCCUUCCUGGUGGAGAGGCCUCAGUCCCGGCGGCUGAGCAAGCUUGGUGGCUUCUCGUGGAAGAACUGUGGCAAUGGGACCGAUCCCUUUAUGAUUAAGAGUCUGUCCGUAGCUCCGGACCCGAUCCACAUCCCCGGGAACCUGAAAGUCAGCGUGGCGGUUUCCAGUGAAGCUGACAUCAGCUCACCUCUGAAGGCGGUGCUUACCGUGGAAAAGAACAUAGUUGACAUAUGGAUAAAGAUCCCCUGCGUGGACGAGAUCGGGAGCUGCACGUAUGAUGGCCUUUGCAGAAUCCUGGACAACGCCAUCCCCCCCGGAUCACCAUGCCCCGAGCCUCUGCUCAGCUACGGCAUCCCCUGCCACUGCCCCUUCAAACCGGGCUCCUACUCCCUGCCAUCCAGUGAGUUCUACUUGCCCAUCAUACAGUUGCCCUCCUGGCUGACUAAUGGCGACUACCGCGUCCAGGUUGUCCUGAGCAGCGGUGCCAAGCAGCUCGCCUGUGUCCAGGUGGCCUUGUCCCUCCACUCCGAGUGAGGCUGGCCAGCCCUGCCCGACCACGAGCCCACCCCCCGCUGCAGGCUGCCGCGUUUCCUUGCUCUUCUCUCUGGCGGAGACACACACCAGAGCCGGUUGGCAGCUCUCUUCCUCCUUCUGCUGCCUCUUGCUGCCGCCUGCCCUCACAGCUGCUGCUUGCCCUUUCCCGCCUCUGUUCGCCCUUCUCCCGCUCAGAAAAAGGGCCAAUGGUGGGGGGGGGGGGUGGCAGGGGGAGGCCUUUGUCUUCUGUGCAGGGUGGACUUAGAGGUGGGCAAGGUUGGCAGAUGGGUUGGGUCCCUCCUGAUCCUGAUUCAAAGCCUGUUGAAGUCAAUAGGAGCCUUUCCAAGGGUCCGGCUCCUAGCGAGGAGACUUGAGUCUUUGUCACAGUCCCUAAAAUUGCAGCCCUACUUGUUGCAUUUCCCAGCAGGGCUUAGAUCCCUUCCCUCCACCCCUCUCCCGGUCCUGGUCGGCUGCGCACCAUUCACCAUGCCAGCUUUGGGCUGAUUCCCUGAAGUCAAUAGACCCCCCCCCAUUGAUUUCAGGCCCGUAGGGAUCAGGCCCAUAGGGAGGCACUCAGCACUAAACAGAACUGCCCAUCACAGUUGCUGUUUGAUUCCCAGCUGCGCUUUGCUGGGGAACGCCCCGCACUGCAGCGCUAUGUGCUGGAUGGCCAUAUGGGUCUUUUCUGCCCCAGACUUCUCUGAUCCUAGGAAAUAUCAGGUUAAACUGCUGGCUCGGGUCCAAUGCUGAGUCUUUCCGUCAUAUCGUAGUGGUGGCUCCAGCUUUCCGGAGCUGCGUUCCAGGCCAGAAUGUCCCCUGUGCACGCACUCGCCUUGAGGGAGUUGUAUCGCUGUGCUACAAGCCAGCCUGGGGGCGGGGCGGGGGUCUAGUUUGAUUAUUUCCCCACAUAUGUAAUGAAAUUGCAUUCUUCAUGUUGCUUAAUGCCUCCUUCUCCACCCCCUCCAGUCAGUAACAAUGGGAGGGCCUGGUAGCCCUCCAGCUGACUGGUGUAAACAAAAUGGGGUGUCACAAUAUUCCACCCAUUGAGUGGCCUAGUUAACCUCUACCGUCCCAGGGGGUUUUGCCAUCUGUUGGCUGGGGUGUGGGGCUGUUUUUGUUUGUCUGGUUUUUUUUAAAAUAUCACACAGGGAAUUUUAGAAUACAAAACUGAAGGAAGAAAAUAGAAAGAAAUAAUUCUUGUAAACAAUCAGUUGGAAAAAGGAAAAGAGGCUUAUAGCUGGCUGCCCCUCUCUGCAAUGUGGGGGUUGAUUGCCGGUCAGGAGUGCCGUCUUGUAUACUUUGAGGGUGCAAGCCCCCUCCAGGAAUGUGUGCCCCAACACUUGACUGGAGAGAUGCACGUGCAAGCCCCCUCCAGGCAUGUGUGCCGUGACACUGGACUGGAGAGAUGAGAUGUUCAUUCUUACUGGCCACUGCUGGAGACGGGAUACUGGGCUAGAUGGACCAUUGGUCUAUCUUGGGGUGGCACUUCUUAUGUUUCUGAGUCAACCUGGGCAGCAGCAGCAGGAAACCUGUCAACACGAAGAGCUGUACAGCUAGCACUGAAUUCUCUGACAACAAAUAACCUUCCUAAACAGGACCACGCUGGACCAGGUCCAUUCCGAAGAAAUCAUUGCUUAUGGUAAUAUGAGGCGAGCCGGGAGGGUGGGCAUCGCCAGCCAAAGAGACAGAUCUUCAACAGCAUGGACAUUAUCUCUCGCCCAUGUCUGCAUUGAAAAAAGGGGAACAAACCAAGAAAGCAAUGUACUAAUAUUCUCACUACCAGGGGACCAAAUGACACAUUCUGCUCUGGGCGUCUCCUACUCUAAAAAGGAUGUGGUUGUGAUGGCUUGAACCAAAGGAACAAUUUGAUUGGCUGAUGAGGAUUCCAAGCAGUGUAAUUAUGAAAUUGAAAAUCGCCCGACUGAACUUCUCGAUCACAGUGUUAGAGUGACCAUUUCUUAAAGGUGCUAACCCAUCGUGAGGCAGGCAGUCACACCGCCAUGUCCUGGGCAGAGGAACAAAUGAGUUUAGAACUUCUUAGGUUUGCAGCCAGCAUAUUUAGCAGCUACAGCAAAGUACUGGUGCACCCGAAAAUGUGCUGAUCAGACUUUCUACAGGGCGUGGUUCAUCGGUCUAGGGAGAAGA